AUGGACAAGAUCAAAGCAUUUGCAGAAAACAAGCUCGAGCAGUUUGGGUUGGUAAAGCAGUCCCAGCCACCUCCUGCGGCCCAGCCUGCACAACAGGCGCCGGCAGAUUUGUCGCAAAACACAAAUUUACCACAGACGAACGAAGAACCUUCGCAGCCCUCUCCACCGCCCCCAACGGCCGAGCAGGGCCACUCUGCGGAGCUGGACAGCCAGAACUCCAACGUUGCCUUCCAAGAUUCGCCGAUAUAUACCUUACCAGCGUUUUUGGACGCCAUAAAUGAGAAGGUUGAGGAGAGGGGCGACACUUCUGAGGAGCAAAAGUACUGGUCCUACCCCCGCCGUUGGAUAUUUACAAUAUCCGGAAUUACCCUCGAAAACUACAACCCUGAGCCCUUGACUUGUUUUAUUGAAUUUAAAAUAGGAGGUACCCGAACGGAAUGCCGAGUGCAAUCCAACACAGGUUCGGAAAUUCGCAUUUUACACAAGGGGGAGAAUAAGAACUCGGUCCGCACGCCAAUUGUGGACAAUGUGACAACCACGGCUAGGCAAUUUGAUUUUACCUACACUGAUGAAUACAGAGGGAGUUAUUUGGAUUUGGAGGUUGAAAAGUUCAGUGUGAGGUUAUGGAGAUAUCGGCGUUUCAGCAUAAACGUAUUAGAGGGCAUGUACGAGGACCAGUUGCUAAACAUUGCCAAGGGCCAUGUCAAGCGCAAGGUAACACUGAAGGCUGACGAUAAGCCCAGGGCUAAGCUAUUGUUUUCAAUAUCGUUUCAGGAACUGUAUGACUUUGAGCUAUCGUUUCUCUCGUGGUCCGCUCAUGGUAUAUUUUCGUCAAGUGCCCUUUCGCGAAUUUUAGCCACAAAAGGCAUUCCGGCACAGGAGAAAAUGGCUGGGCGUAAGGGCAGGGCGAUCCGUUCUGCCUCUAGUGGACAUAGCUGGUUUGGCAGGCUGAUGGGUGUUUUCCAUAUCUCCCAUGGAGCGCCGCGAGGGCCAAUAGGGGCGGGUGACAGAGAAGGUACCAACUUGGCUCCCACAGGGCAAAACUCUGAGGAAAUGGCUGAAAUAGACCAAAAAAUAUCAGGCAAAGCUGAUUACGCAGAGCAUCUGAAAGAGAUAACAAACCAUGCAGCUUCAGAGCUUUGUAGCAGUUCAUUUGUAAUUUUGCGAGAUUUAGAUGCGCUCAAGAUGAAAUUUUCAUCAUCAUUUCAAUUGCGUGUCAAACUAAAGGGCAACGGUGUGACAAUUGGUAACUCCCUCAAAAGUGCAGAGUCAAAAUCAUUAAACAAUACUUAUGCGUGGGAGAAUCUGGGAGAAAUUUACUAUCGAGGAACACGAUCCGAACUCGAAAAAUGCGUCCUGCAGAUUUCAGUUGUUGAUAUUCAGGGUAAGAAUAAGAACACUGUGGCAUCCUGCCAUGUACCCCUCCGGGUGGUAGUCGACCACCCCACUGUAAAAAAGGAUUUUGAGCCACCUCUAUGGCUAGUACACCAAGCUAAACUAGAAAAAUGGACUGAAUCUCUUAGCAACAUAAAUUUCGGUUACAUACAGGGUAUGAUCCAAGUCUGUAACGUUCCUAGAUACAGACAAAAGACUACAUUCAAUCCAGUUGUCCUUCAUGAAUCCGCUACAAACGGUGCCUCUGCCUAUAUAGUCGCCAAUGUGGCACUGGAUCAACUGGUGGCUGACCAGAAAGCCCUAGUAAAAAUGAUUGGGGCAGGGCUUGGGAGGAGAAAUGGUGGCGAUUUUAGCGCUCAAUUGUUCGCAGAGCUCUCCUGGAUGAAUGUUAUCUGCAGCGAAAAUUUUGAUCUGCGGAUAAGUAACGGUUCCUGUGUAGAUUUAAGAGCCAAUCAAUCCGCGUGUGAGAUGGCCAUCGGGGUAGACGAUAUCAUGGGGUCCAAGCCCUCAGAGCUUACUAUCUCCUCCGCGCCAGUCAUACGGUUAGACAUCUAUGCCAGGGCAUUCCUGGCAGACGGCGCCGGCGAGCCUGAGGGCACGAGUCAACUGAGCUGCCGUGUUGUCCACCUGGGAGGAAACUCUGUCUCUCCGGCGGAAAUCUUUUAUACAUCUAAAGGGGCCCUCCGCCAAAAAAUUAGCAAGGCACAUUCGCUAGACCUGCCUUUGGCCCCUCCGGGGCACUCUAAGCGGGAUAAACUCUACGAAACCCGCGGAUUCACGGAACAACUACCGCUGGUACCCAUGGGAGCCACGGCAACAGAAGAUCUCCCAUGUGUGCAGUUCUCCCUAUGGACUUACCCACAGGUUCAGAUCGUCACCGGUGAACGGCGAGUAGACACUCGUCAGACAAAUAAAGGGAGAGUGGUUACUGGGCUAAAUAGACAGUAUAAAAGUUUCUAUAUGCGUUGUAGUGAAUGCUGGGUAAAAGCGGCGCAAUUAUUAGGUACCGCGCCACUAAAUCUCGAAUGCACGCUCCAGGACGGUCAGCUGGUCUUCGUACAGUCACUUUUAGUGCCAAUAAUGCCGCCUUCACUACUUGACAAUCCCAAUUUCCUAUUCCAGUUCAUCCUCUCCAUACCCUUCAGAAGCGAUACUUCUCCUCGCCAUGUACAGACUCCAUAUUUCACCCUCAAACUGCGUAGGGGCAACCUCCUGGACCAUGCCAUACUCUUCGCCUGCCUGCUCCUAGGGCUAUCCAGAAAACAUGACCCAAAGUUACUCAUCCCAGCCGGGGGGGCUCCAAACCUCUAUGCCUGCGGAAGGCUUGCCGUAGACAUAGCGGGAGAGACCUUCUUCUUUGACGUUGCUAGUGGAACUAGGACCAGUGCCCGUUCCAGGGGCGCUAAUACCGCUCCCCCAGGCUAUAUCAUCACAUCCACCAACGCUUAUAUGGUCAUCCGCCCCGCCCAGGGCGAUUCUAUAUCUGAUAUGAUCGCCCACUCCUACUCUUUUUUCCCCUGUUUUGAGGAUGAUAAGUCUCCCUUUUGUUUAGAGGGCUUUGCUGCCACCUCAUGCUGGCAUUUUGAUCUUGCUGCUUUUUCUGGGCUUAUGCCUCAAUCUGAGGCCAUAGCAACCGGGAAAAUUCUUGAGAUGCGCUUGGAAAAGGCUAUAAAUACUCAUAGGAGUGCGCAAAAUCUCCAAACGCGAUGGAACAAAGACUCUUUGCUCUGUGAAUACCUAGCCAAGGGCUCCAGCCUGCUCUUCCGGGUAAAAUCUAGCGUUAGUGAAAUAGAACAAAUCGCUAGGGCUGAGUUCUGUGAGUGGAAGGAGGCCCUUUGUUCUAAGGUACCACCCUCACAUCAGAUUAUUUGCAGGUCCUUCACUUUCCUUGAUACUAACGUGGGGCUACUUAUGGACACAUUGAAGGCCAAUAUGGGAGGGUAUAUUGACUCCCGUGAUGAUAAUGCCUCCUUCUCCCACUCAGUUUCCGUCUUUGCCCUACCUUCUGGACUUAUAGUCGUAUACCUUAUGUUCCUUAUCUCUGUAAAAAUACAUGAACGUGACAGGCGUAAACUAGUUUACAUGGAACGUCUACGGAAUAGAACCGCCCCUCCUGAACUUAUCUCUAAAAAAUCAAACCUCUCGGAUAUGUUAGAGGAGUCUCCAGAAGCAUUAAAGUCCGAUGAGUGCCUCAACCGCAGCAAAUCUAGACAUAAAGAAGAGGAGGGUACAGGGCAUAAGACCCAUCGCAGCAAAUCUAGACAUAAAGAAGAGGAGGGUACAGGGCAAAAUACCCACCAUAGUGAAUCCGUCAAUAAAGAAGAGGAGGGUUCAGGGCAUAAGACCCACCGCAGUAAAUCUAAGCAUAAAGAGGAGCCCCCCUCCCCUAUACCUUGCGAUGAAUAUGAAGAUCGACCCCUAGAUACCGCCACAUACGGAUCUUCCAAUCUUCUGAAUGAAGAAGAAAUCGUUACAAGUGCUUACCGGUUGGAUGAUUUUAUAUCUCCUUCCGAUGAUGCCUAUUCCUUGGAUGGGCCCUCGUCGUUACCCGUAACCUCCACCAAUGGCCUCUCGAAUGUGGCAGUAGAAGGCUUUGAAAAUGAUUCACCAAUAUUAAUUUGCCCUCAGCCAGAAGAAAAUGUGGAUGUUGAUCCAUUGGAUGAUAAAUCUAAGCAUAAAGAAGAGGAGGGUACAGGGCAUAAGACCCAUCGCAGCAAAUCUAGACAUAAAGAAGAGGAGGGUACAGGGCAUAAGACCCACCGCAGCAAAUCUAGACAUAAAGAAGAGGAGGGUUCAGGGCAUAAGACCCACCGCAGCAAAUCUAGACAUAAAGAAGAGGAGGGUUCAGGGCAUAAGACCCACCGCAGCAAAUCUAGACAUAAAGAAGAGGAGGGUUCAGGGCAUAAGACCCACCGCAGCAAAUCUAGACAUAAAGAAGAGGAGGGUUCAGGGCAUAAGACCCAUCGCAGCAAAUCUAGACAUAAAGAAGAGGAGGGUUCAGGGCAUAAGACCCACCGCAGCAAAUCUAGACAUAAAGAAGAGGAGGGUACAGGGCAAAAUACCCACCAUAGUGAAUCCGUCAAUAAAGAAGAGGAGGGUUCAGGGCAUAAGACCCACCGCAGUAAAUCUAAGCAUAAAGAGGAGCCCCCCUCCCCUAUACCUUGCGAUGAAUAUGAAGAUCGACCCCUAGAUACCGCCACAUACGGAUCUUCCAAUCUUCUGAAUGAAGAAGAAAUCGUUACAAGUGCUUACCGGUUGGAUGAUUUUAUAUCUCCUUCCGAUGAUGCCUAUUCCUUGGAUGGGCCCUCGUCGUUACCCGUAACCUCCACCAAUGGCCUCUCGAAUGUGGCAGUAGAAGGCUUUGAAAAUGAUUCACCAAUAUUAAUUUGCCCUCAGCCAGAAGAAAAUGUGGAUGUUGAUCCAUUGGAUGAUAAAUCUAAGCAUAAAGAAGAGGAGGGUACAGGGCAUAAGACCCAUCGCAGCAAAUCUAGACAUAAAGAAGAGGAGGGUACAGGGCAUAAGACCCACCGCAGCAAAUCUAGACAUAAAGAAGAGGAGGGUUCAGGGCAUAAGACCCACCGCAGCAAAUCUAGACAUAAAGAAGAGGAGGGUUCAGGGCAUAAGACCCACCGCAGCAAAUCUAGACAUAAAGAAGAGGAGGGUUCAGGGCAUAAGACCCACCGCAGCAAAUCUAGACAUAAAGAAGAGGAGGGUUCAGGGCAUAAGACCCAUCGCAGCAAAUCUAGACAUAAAGAAGAGGAGGGUUCAGGGCAUAAGACCCACCGCAGCAAAUCUAGACAUAAAGAAGAGGAGGGUACAGGGCAUAAGACCCAUCGCAGUAAAUCUGCCCACAAAAAGCGUCCAUCAGAAUCAUACGGUGGGAAUCGCCACCUCAACGAAACAGAGUUGUUACCUGAAGGCACCAUCGCAAACCCAAGUCAUGAAAUCACCAAUGAAGUGGUGAAAACACACUCCUAUUCCAGCUAUUCCUCCCCAAUUAAAUCCCUACUCAACAGCCUCGAUGCAUUUCUCCCUAAAUAUGCCACUAAUGAUGGAGUAAAUGCAGUUGAUUCUGAGAAUUUGGACAAGGCUCUAUCCAAGACUCCAGAAACGAACAAAGGGCUUUUUGAAAUAGCUGAGGGUGAUAUAUCCCCAGUGGUUGCACCAGAGGCCAUGUUUCAAAUGCCUAAAAUCAACAAUACAUAUAUGGAACCGCAAGAUAAUACGUGCGAAAUAAGGGAUGAGGGUUCGAAUCAGUCGGAAAUUGCAAUAAACCUAUUCAGAAAGUCCAGCACAAAAGAUUUUCCCGGAAAUAAUUCUCGAGACGAUAAUAGCGGAUCUAGUGACGAUCUUUUUAGGAGGUUCUUUUAA